UGCACAUACUGAGGCUGAGCCAGGGGGAGGGAGUACAGCCACAGGAAUGCUACAGUUUCUGGAUACACUCAAUGAAAGAAUCCGGCUGAGCAGUGAAGAUACUCUCUGGGCAGAAAACUGCUGAGCAGUAGAAAAGCUCAAGGAUCUUUGCAGUGUUUGAAUGCGAGGAAGAGAAAUGGAUUCCGGGCUGAGAUCUUUACUCUCCGACCACAGCAGAUAUGUGGAAUCAUUCCGGCUGUUCCUGCAAAACUCCACAGAGCACCAGUGCAUGCAGCACUUUAUUGAGACCAAGCUACCCGACAUCAUCUCAAGUAUAGGAAAUGACAAGCCGGUGAUUGACGUCCUAGGCAUUGGAAGUGGAUCAGGAGAGAUUGACCUGCAGAUGAUUGCCAAGAUACAGGCUCGAUGGCCAGGAGUCUCCAUAAACAACCAGAUUGUGGAACCAAGUGCUGAGCAAAUCCUUGGCUACAAGGAGCGUGUGGCAAAGGCCCCAAAUCUGGGAUAUGUCACCUUCUCCUGGCAUCACCAGACCUCAAGUGAAUUUGAACACAGAGUCACUGAAGAUAAACAGAUGACAAAGUAUGAUUUUAUCCAUAUGAUACAGAUGUUAUAUUAUGUAAAGGAUGUCCCAGGAACCUUAAAAUUCUUUAAAAGCUGCCUGGCACCCAAUGGGAAGCUCUUGAUCAUUCUUGUAUCAGGUAACAGUGGGUGGGCCCCACUAUGGAAGAAAUAUGGGCAGCGGCUACCUCUAAAUGACCUCUGUCUGUAUGUUACUGCGGGAGACAUUGCAGAGAUGCUUAGUUCAAUGGGCGCCCGGUUCCAGAGUCACGAACUGCAGUCGGACAUGGACAUCACUAAAUGUUUCAUCGAGGGGGACAAAAAUGGGGAACUUCUGCUGGACUUUCUGACCGAGACGUGUGAUUUUAGGAAAAAUGCUCCUGCUGAGCUCAGGGAUCAGAUUAUCUGUGACCUAAAAAGUCCCAGGUGCAGUACAACAAAGGAUGGGAAGGUUAUUUUUAACAACAACCUUAGUGUGAUUGUAGUGGAGGCGGAUUAGUUGGUCUGGAGUGGAGAACACAACCCCCUUUCCACACCAAGCUGGGGGAUCUUUAAUUUACAUAGAUUGACUGCUGUAAACCAUAGCAAACAGUCAACAGUUAUUUCCAAUGAGUCAACAGCAGUGAUUGACAGUUCCACCCUAAAAACUCAAAAAUAUCUCUAUUAUCAUGCUAUUGAGAAAAAAUGAUUUAUUAUAUCAUAUUAAAAUACAAUAAUAACCCCACACGUAGCCCAAAAUGUUUCAUGCUUCCCCAGCACUUAAUCAUAGGCAAUCUCAAAUAGGACACAUGUUUCUAUAUAUACAUUUUCAGUUAUCUGUUAUGUAUAAGUUCCAACCUGGUUGGACUAAUAUUUGGGUACAAUACCUACUAGAUACUGUUGGAAACCCAGAUUGAAGGUCAAGUUAAAGUGAGAGCUAGGAUAAACAUUGUUUAUCUCUACCAUAUAUUCAUAGAACUAUGGUUGAAUGGCUGAUACAGGAAUUUUAUGGUUUAAUGGCUGAUUCAGGAAUUUUUUAAAUGCACUAUUUGGGGACGGGUUCUGAUUAAAUUUUGGUGGUUUUGUGACUAGUGUAAUAUAACUCCAUAGAUCUGUCUAUACAAUACACAUAAUAUACCUACAUAGAAUGCACUCACAUCCAUAAUUACUAACCCAACCUACAAGCCAAGGUUUCUUAUGGCUGAUUACCUUUGUAUUAAAUAAACACUGGAUUCGAAUACUA